GCCUGGCCUGCCGUCACUGUGGGCUAUUCGUUCUACAUCGGUGGGCCACAGUGCAUCUCCACGAUGAUGAUGGGUGCACAUGCUCGUAUGAGGGACUGAGAGCGUGCCCACCUGGCCAGAUGUAUGUGUGAGCGUGUGUGCGGGUCAUCGAAAAAAGAAACGAGGAUACCUUACAACCGGACUGCUCGUUGCCUGAGCCCGGAGCAGGUUCUCUCUCUCCAUCUUCUCUGUGACGGACCGAGCUCCUCUCUCCUCUGUGUCCUGCUCUCCACCUGGCCUCCAUGAGUUUAACUGAGGACAGGCCACUCCUUCCUGGAAGAUGGGAAAUGCUUCAGACACAUCUGCUGUGUUUGCCUCCACCAUCUCCAAGGAGCACGACUUCUUCAUGGGUUCCACUUACAGCGUAUUUUGUGUCCUGUCCCUCAUGGGAAACUGCAUCCUGCUACUUGUUGCAUAUCACAAGUGGUCGACCUUGAAGCCGGCAGAGUUCUUCAUAAUCAAUCUCUCUAUCAGUGACCUUGGGAUGACGCUGUCUUUAUUCCCCUUGGCAAUACCAUCAUGUUUUUCACACAGGUGGCUGUUUGGAGAAAUCACCUGUCAGCUCUACGCCAUGUGCGGAGUACUGUUUGGUCUGUGCAGCUUGACCAACCUCACAGCCCUCUCCUUAGUCUGCUGCCUUAAGGUCUGCUUCCCUAACCACGGUAACAAGUUCUCCUCUUCACAUGCCCGCCUCCUGGUGGUUGGAGUGUGGUGCUACGCAUCUGUGUUUGCCGUGGGGCCCCUGGCACAGUGGGGACAUUACAGUGCCGAGCCUUACGGCACAGCCUGCUGCAUUGACUGGCAUGCACCCAACCACGAGCUUUCAGCUUUGUCUUACAUCGUCUGCCUUUUCCUAUUUUGCUAUGCACUGCCCUGCACCGUCAUCUUCCUCUCCUACACCUUCAUUCUGCUGACAGUGCGGGGCUCGCGUCAGGCCGUCCAGCAGCAUGUGUCACCGCAGACCAAGACCAACAAUGCACACGCUCUCAUUGUCAAGCUGUCAGUCGCAGUGUGCAUCGGCUUCCUGGGCGCCUGGACCCCAUAUGCUGCUGUGGCCAUGUGGGCUGCUUUCGGAGAUGCCACACGAGUUCCUCCUGCAGCCUUCGCCCUGGCCGCCGUAUUCGCCAAAUCUUCCACCAUCUACAACCCUGUGGUCUACCUGCUGUGCAAACCCAACUUUCGAGAGUGCCUCUACAGAGACACGUCUACGUUACGACAGAGGAUCUACAAGGGAAGUCCACAGUCAAAUCCGAGAGAACGCCUCGGAUCUAACUCACAGCACAAUAAGGACACGUGCAUCUCCACGCGGUUCUCAAACGGACAGCAGGAGAGCUACGGGGCGUGUCUGCACUGCACUGAGAACGCAGCGCUGUGCCACGUGACACCGGCCCAAAGAACCGCCAGCAUCCUGACUGGAUCUACCUGCAGAGAGGUGACAGUUAGCCAGCUCUCAGCCGAACCACAGGCUGACUUCCUAUAGAAUGAAGAAAAACAAUGAGGUGCUCAAACAGACAGCAAAACAACAGCAGCCUGCACAACUUCAACUAUGUGUGUGUCACCAAGACUUUACAGCAUGACAACACUUACAAGGACCUUCAAUGUGGCCCCGUUAUUGUGUAGUGCCCGAGAUUCCCAUAAAUUCAUACUGUGCUCACAUCUUCAGAGGAGUUUUGCCACAGAAAAUGGAUAAUAUACAAACGCCUUCCUCUGUGUUGCCUCAUGUCCCGAUUCUUUCUAAUGCACUGUAACAUAACAGGAUUCUGCAGGAGCAGAAAAUGAGACAGGAGGACCCCUGCUGGCUUCAAGGUUCAUGAGGAGAAUGAGCAACACAGCUGCUCUCUGUUCAAAGUUGUGAGAGUAGUGAGAAUUUCUCGCAAACAGCAGGAACACACAGCUCAACGUGAGGAUAAUUAGUGUUUAAUAACUGGUGCAAACAAAACAAAUAAGGAAAAAGAAUCUGUAGAAUUGAGGUGAAGAAAUUGUUUGCAGCCGCUCUUGUGAUUGCAGGACUAACAGAAUAAUAUGCAACAAAUCAAAAUCAAGUUUUAUAAAAAGAAAUGUAACUAACUGUAUGUGUUAAAGAUGUUUAACUGGUUCUUAACCUAAAAUGGUUGAGUACUCAACUGCUGUAGACUUGAGUUUCUAUUAAAACAACUUGGUUCUAACAGACGUUGACAAGACAAAACAAAACGUACCGGAAAAUACUUGAACAUAAAUCAGUGUGAUAAGAACUGCCUAAAAUGACAGAAAUCAUCUUUUAAGGAAGGUUUAUUUAAUGUGCACCUUGACUUUAGCUUCUCUUUUUGGCAGCGGUCAUGUUUAUAUACAGUGGUGAGGAAUGAAUCAAUAAAUAUUUAGCAGCCACUUCAAACCUACAGGGUCCAAGUGAUUCAGUAUCUGUCAUGAAGACGAGGCUCGACUGUGCCACGUCGCCCAUAGAUACUGAGUCUGAUAAAACCGUAGACAUUAACACAAUUCUGGGGAAAAUCUAACCUGACGAAAGACUAGAAUAAAUUUGACGAGGUUAAUUUCCCCUCAUGUUUAAGCAUGAGUCCUGACAGAGAUUCAGACGGACGUUGUGGGACUCCUCUCCUCCGCAGACCACUUGGGUGCAAUUCUUAAACUAACCCGAAUUAGACCUUGCUAGAUAAAUAUUAAAUGGGCUCAUGUUCUGUAAAGAAAAAGAAAAACUGCAUUUACUCAAAUUGAUUUGUAUUUUAGGAGCAUUAGAACUUUUUUAAAACUGGAAACAAAAAGGAAGCAGAUGAAGUUCUACUGUCUUUUUUAAUAGAAAGGUCCAUGUGAACAAUGUGGGAAAAAAUGGAUUUCCUAAGUAGGUCGAAAUAGUGACAGAUAUUCAAUUCCGUUAUUUCUGUGGUACAGUGCUGUGUGGCUUCAUGUUUGUAAGUAAAGCAAAAAGUACUGUGUCUUAUGCAGCUUUAUUUCCUGAAGAAAUAAAAAAACGUUCAUAACA